CAGUUUAUCAUACCUCCCCUAACAUAUAUCACAUCUGAGAUUAAUGGGCACCGACAGGCCUCCAGAUUGGGAUUAUGGAGAGGAUUAUGAGUGUGCGUGGCUGAAUUAGAUGUUAAAGUCAACAAUCUGGCUAAUUUCAGCUCGGAUUAGCCUUUUAAUCGCACGGUGCUCGCCGCUGAAUCCCCCCAACAUCCGUGCCAGUGAAACGCCGAAGAGGCAGUGAGGAUGCGGAGAUGAUUCCUGUGACGCUCCGAUGGAAACCUGCGAAGAUUCCGGAGUGGAAACAAAAAUGACGAUCACAUUUGUUGCCAGGUUGGUUUUGUAGUCGUAUGUCGUCGCCUGUUUAAAACUCGUUGGCCAUGAUUUUUCUGCGGAGGCUGGUGCAGCUGCUGGCGCUGCUCGUCCACAGCGGAUGGUGGGGGGUCGCGCCGAACCCCACCGACGAGGGAGCACUCAGGGCCGGGCACGGCGAGCACGGAGAGCCGGGACACCAGGAGCCACACAAGGACUCUUACAGCACAUUCGCCUCCGAGUUCCUCGAGUCCAGAUAUUUGUCUGAUGAUGGUUUCACAGGUUAUCCGUUCCCCACGGCUCCUCCAGUGGAUCCCUUUGCCAAGAUCAAAGUCAUCGACUGUGGAGUAACCAAAGGCUGCAUAAGGUAUGGGAAGCCCGGCUGUGAUGCAGAGACGUGUGACUACUUUCUCAGUUAUCGUCGUAUUGGUACAGACGUGGAGUAUGAAAUGAGUGCAGACACUGAUGGCUGGGUGGCUGUAGGAUUUUCCUCAGACAAGAAAAUGGGAGGAGACGACGUCAUGGGCUGCGUUCAUGACGACAACGGUCGCGUGAGGAUCCAUCACUUCUACAACGUGGGCCAGUGGGCCAAGGAGAUCAAGAGGAACCCGGCCAGAGAUGAAGAGGGCGUCUUUGAGAACAACCGGGUGACCUGCCGUUUCAAAAGGCCGCUGUAUGUCCCCAGAGAGGAAACACUUGUGGAUUUACACCUGUCAUGGUAUUACCUGUUUGCGUGGGGUCCGGCCAUUCAAGGCUCCAUCACAAGGCACGACAUUGACAGUCCACCGGUCAGCGACCACAUGAUCAGUAUCUAUAAAUAUGAGGACCUCUUCAUGCCUUCUGCAGUUUACCAGACCUUCAACUCUCCCCUCUGCUUACUGCUCAUUGUAGCGCUUACCUUCUACCUGCUCAUGGGGACACCAUGAUGAAGCACAGCAGAGCACAGCGUGGACAGAGAGAGAGACACUAGAGAAGAUAAAGAAGCAAUAAAAAACAAGUUUACAUUUUGUUGGAUGCCACAGUCAUGUAUUCUACUUUACUCACAGUGUUAAACGCAUUAAAUAUGUCAGAGAAGGACACUGUAUAUCCAUCAGUCUGAACUCUGAAGACUUUCCUAGAAAAUAGUUAUAAGAGGUCUGAUAAAAGAGUAGUGUUAAAGUAUAAAUAGGAAGAAUAUUUUAAGUAUUUAUGAUAGCAUUCAAGUAUUAUAAAAUAUGAGGAAUACACAUGCCAUGAAAUAAAUUUCACAAGUCUUCGAAAAAUACUGCAUGCACUGGAAAAUCUGGGAUUGGUUUGCUCCUGUUCCCUGCUGAUGAGACGGCGGUGCCUCGUCACGAACUUGGCUACAACACAAAGGUUUCCUGAGGAUAAAUGGAAGCAAACAGUGGACGGCCAUUUCACACACUCUGCCUGCUCUUUCAGUCACGCUUAGAAAAGAAAAGAUGGGUUAUUUGGUGGCUGGUGCAAACAAAAUAUAACUUCCAUGGUUCUGAGGAACUGCAGACUGAGUGCAUUUACUAUACAAAAGGUUUUUGUUUGUUUUUUUUGACCCAUGUUUAACGCACAACUUUGUCCCGGCAGUGACUGUUGGGUUUUUCACCAAACAGGAACAAAUUGUGGAUUUAAGAGUAUUUUGUUUUGGGCAUGGACUCCCCCCAUAUUACUGUAGCCUUUUGAUCAUUAUUAAAAUGACUGAAUAUAA